AUGGAAGAGAAAUUAAGUUUAAAACCAAUUAAUUAUACUCCAAAAAGGUUUCAUAGAAUUAACAGUCAAAUACGAAUGGGUCUUACAUCCACUUUUAUAAGUAAUACUCCUUUUAUAGGGAAAAGAUGCUUAAGUUCUUCUUAUAAGCUGAAUGAUAGAUUUAGACGCUAUUUUAAUCAUAGCUAUUUAUCAAGCAGUCAGCGAGGUGCAUCUCUUAUUUGUAAUGCACUAUUAAAACAUGGUUAUGUGGGAUUUAGGUUAGAGAUUUUAGAAUAUUGUCCUAUUUCAAUAUUACUGGAUAGAGAGCAAUUCUAUAUAGAUAACUUAAACCCUGAAUACAAUAUAUUAAAAACAGCAGGUUCUAAUCUAGGAUAUAAACAUACUGAACCCUCUCUUAAACUUAUGAGUAUUGCAUCCAAAAGUAGAAAUGAAUUAGAAGAAGUUAUUAAGUUAAAAAGAGAGGUUAUGUUAGGCCGAAAGUUAUCUAAAGACCAUCUAGAAAAUAUGGCUAAAAAUAACCCAUUUAGAGUGCCGAUAAUUCUUUCUAAUCUCGAAACAGAUUCCUCUUCUUCCUCUAAUCUAACUAAUUCAAGACAGGCUGUAUUAAUAACUAAUGAUGUUUUAGGUAUUACCAAAGAAUUCUCUACAAUGAAAGCUGCAUACCAAUUUUUGGGUAUAUCUCAUAAACGACUUUUAAAUUGUAAAGGUAUAGAAGUUACUAAUAUUAAUACAAAUGAAGUCAUUAAAUAUUCUUCGCUUAGUUCAGCAGCUGAAGCUAUAGGAAUAUCUCCGUCUAGUAUUUCAACAGCUUUCAGCUGUUGGAAACGAACUACUUCGUUUAGAGGUAUUUACCUUUUUAAAUUAAUUUAA